AUGUAUUAUUUUCCUUUGACACCAAGGCUUCAGAGACUCUAUGCUUCUAAGGCAACAGCUGCAAAAAUGCGGUGGCAUGCUGAGCAUAACAUGGAAGAUGAUGUCAUGUGUCAUUCGUCUGAUUCUGAGGCAUGGAAGCACUUUAAUCGCACCCACCCAAUGUUUGCAGCUGAAAUUCGGAAUGUCAGGCUGGGAUUGUGUACUGAUGGAUUUCAACCAUUUGGACAAUCAGGACAGCAAUACUCAUGUUGGCCAGUAAUAAUUACCCCAUAUAACUUACCACCCGGUAUGUGUAUGAAGGAGCCGUAUUUAUUUUUAUCGAUAAUAGUACCUGGGCCACAGAAUCCCAAGCAUCGAUUAGACGUCUAUUUGCAACCAUUAAUUGUUGAAUUAACUCAAUUAUGGCAUGUGGGGGUGCAGACAUAUGAUGCAUCUAAAAAGCAAAAUUUCCAAAUGUAUGCUGCUCUUAUGUGGACAAUUAGUGAUUUCCCUGCUUAUUCAAUGUUGUCCGGGUGGAGCACUGCUGGGAGAUUAGCAUGUCCAUAUUGUGUGGAUUAUUCAGAUGCAUUUUCAUUGAGUCACGGGGGGAAAAUUAGUUGGUUUGAUAAUCACCGUAAGUUUCUUCCACAAAACCAUCCAUUUAGACGAAACAAAGUAAAUUUCCUUAAAGGAAAAGCAUGCACAAAUGAGUCUCCUCCAAUUUUAAGCAGUGAAGACACUUUUUUACAGAUAGAGGAUUUAGGACUUAGGAGGGUAACGGAUAGUGAUGGUGAAGCCAUCAAUGCUGCCAUAGCCAGAAACACUGGUUGGCGAAAAAGGAGCAUAUUUUGGGAUUUACCAUAUUGGUCUUCCAAUCUCAUUCGACAUAACUUAGAUGUCAUGCACAUCGAGAAAAAUUUCUUUGAGAAUACUUUUAAGACAGUGAUGAAUAUUGAAGGGAAAACAAAGGAUAAUGCAAAAGCAAGAGAAGAUAUGACACAUUUAUGUCGUAGAAAAGAGUUAGAGAAGGAUGUGCGAACAGGUAAAUACCCUAAGGCUUGCUAUACUCUUGACAAACAACAAAAGCAGAAAUUAUGUGAAUGGGUGAAAAGACUUAAGUUUCCAGACGGCUAUGUGUCCAACAUGGGAAGGUGUGUUGACAUGCAGAAGUACAAGCUUUUUGGUAUGAAGACCCACGAUUGUCAUGUGUUUAUGCAAAGAUUAUUACCAAUUGCAUUUCGUGAGUUCCUUCCAAAUACAGUUUGGCAAGCAUUGACUGAGUUGAGCUUGUUUUUCAAAAAUCUUACUGCUGCAAAUAUUAAGGUGCAAGAUAUGGAACGUCUGGAAGCAGAAAUUCCUAUUAUUAUUUGCAAGUUAGAGCGUAUAUUUCCUCCUGCCUUCUUUGACUCAAUGGAACAUAUUCCCAUUCAUCUGCCGUAUGAGGCAAAAAUAUGGAUGUAUCCUUUUGAGAGGUAA